AUGAAGGUCUGGAAUGUACCGACUGCGUGCAGGAUGUUUAGAUACGCACUCAAAGGAGACGCCAGAGAAUGGCUGAAGAGCGUCACAAAAGGAUCCAUCGUCAGCUUCGAUGACCUUAAGGAGAAAUUUAGAGCCCGUUUUAGCCAGCAGAAAAAGCACAAGAAGAUUCAUGUGGCCGCUCAUGGAAUAAAACAGAAGGAAACAGAAGGUUGCAGAACGUUGAUGGACCGAUUUACCACGGAAACAGAGGAUAUUGUGGACCUCCCUGAGUCACAAAGGAUAUCGGGAUUACUUCAUGGCCUUCGGAGUAGAGGGUUAGUUGAAUUCCUAUACAGGGACCUCCCGAAGACUUACGAAGCGGUUCUAAACAGGGCCCACGUGUACUUGGAUGCCAGGGACACCGCUUUGAAAGGAGACACAAGUCCCACGCAGGAAAAGAAAACUCCGGCAAACAGGAAAGGAAAAUGGAUAGGCGAAAGGGAAAAACCAAGAUAUACUCCGUACCAUAAGGAUGACAAAGGGUACCUCAAGGUAAAUCUUCCGGAAUUGCACAAAAGUCCGAAAGAAAUAUUACUCACUGAAAGUGUUGCAAAAACCUUCCCCAUCCUUCCCAGGCUAAGUGGAAAAAAUAGGAAAGAUCCGGAGAAGUACUGUGAAUUCCACAGGGACUAUGGCCAUGACACGAACGCGUGUUGGCAACUCAGGAAAGCCAUCGAGGAAGCUAUAAACGACGGGAAACUUUCGCACCUGGUAAAAAGUGUCAGGCAACAGCAUAAUGUGAAAAAAGAAGACGAUGCAGAUGAAAAGAAAAAAGGCCCUGAGAAAAAAAUUUAUACAAUAACGAAAAUUAAGCCGGGGUCAGGAUUUUCCCUCCCCAAGAUCUACAAGGGGGACAUAGGACGCAUCACGUUCCCUCAAAUCUAUAAAACCUUAAGGGAUCCUCUUGUAAUUUCCGCAGUUUUAGAAAUAUCCAAAGUAAAGAAUAUCAUUGUAGACAUCGGAAGCGAGUGUGAUGUGUUAUAUGAGAAGGCUUUCUGGAAACUGCACCCUGUGGCACUGAAGCUUCGGUCCAAGGGUACUCAGGGAACAAAGAUAAACCACUAG